UCCGUCUCUCCCACAUUAUCCAUUUCCUGUGGACUGUGACGAUGCACUUCCUUCUCUCUCCCCCUCUCCCCCUCCUGUUCACACUCUUUCUUUUCUCCUCUCACCACUUUUCCUAUUGACCCAAAAAAUACUCCAUGGCCGCCACACUACCCUUCAACCUCACUUCACCAUUAUCCCCCGCAUUCCCAAGAAAUUAUUCUCUUCCCCCUGCCCGCCCUUUCCCGCUGGCCCUCCUCCACCGCAUGAUUACAAAUUACGGCCACUGUUCUACUUCCAAACUAUCCGGGAAUCACCACUUUUCCGCUCCGACCGCCCGGAGAAUUACUACUUGUAAGGCCACGGAGGUAUCGGUGGCGGAAGAAUCGUCGGCCUCCGGCGACGGCAGAGGAGAGAACUGGGUGCCGGUGGUGCCUCUUGGGGCGCUGCCUAGGGGAGAACGACGCGUGAUAUUGCAGGACGGCGAGACCAUACUGCUGCUAUGGUAUAAAGAUGAGGUUUUUGCUAUUGAAAACAGGUCCCCUGCUGAAGGAGCCUACACCGAAGGCCUGCUUAAUGCCAAGCUCACCAAGGAUGGCUGUAUAGUUUGUCCAACAACUGAUAGCACGUUUGAUCUCCAAACAGGAGAAAUUAAGGAAUGGUAUCCAAAAAAUCCAGUGCUGAGAGCUCUCACUCCUGCUUUAAGGAAGCUUUACAUUUACCCUGUGAAAACAGAUGAAGAAAACAUUUACAUCAACAUGAUAGGAGGUGUGAAAUCAGAUGCAUCUGCUGAGAUCAUCUUUAGUGGGAAGGCUCAACCUGGUGUAACUUCAACUGAUGUUAAUGUGGACGAGGUUAGAAUGGUGGUUGAUGAAGAUCAAGAGGGUUUUGGUUUCACUGCAAAGAACGAAAUCAUAAAUGGGAAGGCAGCUGUAAUUGGCUUCCUGGUAUUGUUAGAUUUUGAACUCUUGACUGGUAAAGGUAUUCUAAAGGGAACAGGCUUCUUGGACUUUCUGUAUGCUGCUUCAAAAGCUUUCAAGUAGAUAGAUGCUGUUGUUGUUCCUGUUCUUUCAGAAAUCAAAGGAGUUAAUAAGUCUUUCCCAGAAACUACCACCAAGAAGUGACCAAAAAAAAAAAAAAAACGAGAAAAAAAUAAAUAUAACAUAAAUGAAAAAAGAAGUCCGUUCAUAGGAAGAUUACCUGUUUAGACAUCACAUUUGGAUGUUGAGUUCCUUUGAUAAUUUUGAUAUGUAUUUCUGUGAUUGUAUAUUCUAUAGGAAUCAGACCAUCUUGAUCCUUGUUUAUGUCAUGCGUUUGAGAAUUUUUA